AUGUCGCAUUCUGACGGCUUUGUGGAGAAUCCGGCCGAGCUUCAUGCUCUCCCGGAUGAAACCAUCACUGCCGACGGUCCUACUGCUGAGAUUGACCGGGGACGUGUUUCUCCUCACCAGGACGUGCGUGACAAGGGUUGGAUUGAGCGAACUCCGUUCAACUAUGACGACUUGAGCUCCAAGGAGGGUCACGAAUGGGCUGGUACUGCCGCCCGCUACGAAUGGAAGGAGGAGUAUGAGCAAGCUAUCGGUCCGCGUAACGAGGAGCUUGAGAUAAUGCUUUUUGAGAGUGAACUCCUACCUCGUGCUGGUCUUCGAGUUGCCGAGUAUGUCUUAUCGACUGUAUACAUUAUGUCGAUCAUACUGAUAUAUGGUUCCGACAGAGUCACCAGCGAGACUGCGGUUGUCUGCGACAGCGAAGAUACUAUCACGCCUGUCAAGGAGUGGGAUGAUGCGGGACUGCACCCUGUCAUGAGAGAGAAUGUCCGUCUCUGUCUUUAUGAUAAGCCCACUGCUAUUCAGUCCUUCGCCAUACCUGCUAUUAGCCAGGGAAAAGACUUGAUCGGCAUCGCUCAUACUGGAUCCGGCAAAACCGGUGCUUUCUUGAUUCCUAUUCUGUCUGACUUGAUGGGAAAGGCUAAGAAGCUGGCUGCGCCUCGUCCUAGCCCUCUUGAGGAGUUCGAUGCUCGCAUUCACGGUGUCACUGCUGAGCCUCUGGUUCUCAUUGUCUGCCCCACUCGUGAGCUUGCGACUCAGAUCUUUGAUGAGGCUCGUCGUCUCUGCUACCGCUCCAUGCUUCGUCCCUGUGUCGCCUAUGGAGGUGCCCCCAUUGUUCAUCAGCGACAGGAGCUGAUGAAGGGAUGCGACAUCCUGAUUGGAACCCCCGGUCGCAUUAUCGAUUUCAUGACUCAGCCCCACGUGCUGUCCCUGCGCCGAGUCAGAUACACUGUCAUUGAUGAAGCUGAUGAGCUCCUGCACUCCGACUGGCAUGACGAUUUCAAGAAGAUUAUGUCCGGUGGAGAUAUGAAUGAGGACGAUGACCACCGCUACAUGAUGUUCUCUGCUAGUUUCAACAAGGAAUGUCGCCAGCUCGCUCGCGAAUACCUGAUGAAGGACUACAUUCGGGUUCGCGUUGGCCGCCCUGGUAGCUCCCACCUGAUGGUUGAGCAAACGGUUAUCUACUGCGAGAAUGGUGCGAAGAAGGAAUGCCUUUACGAUCUUAUGAUGAGCAGAUUGCCCUGCCGUACCUUGAUCUUCGUCAACAGCAAGGCCCAGGUCGACUUUGUCGACGACUAUCUCUUCAACCGUGGAAUGCCGUCUACCUCCAUCCACGGAGAUCGCACUCAACGAGAGCGCGAAGACGCCAUUCGCGCCUUCCGGUCUGCUGCGUGCCCCAUCCUUGUCGCGACUGGUCUCUCUGCCAGAGGCCUGGACGUCGCGAACGUCAUGCACGUUAUUAACUUCGAUUUGCCCAAGGCUAUGCAUGGUGGUAUCACCGAGUACAUCCACCGCAUUGGUCGCACUGCUCGUAUCGGAAACGAGGGCAUCGCCACUUCGUUCUACAAUGAACGCGAUGAAGAACUCGCCUUUGAUCUCGUUAAGAUUCUCCUUGAGACCAAUCAGGUUAUCCCCGAUUUCCUGGAGGCUUACCGCCCUGAGAAUAAUGAGAUCAAAUUCGACGAUGAUACCGAUAACGAGGAUGACAGUCAGGGCGAAGAUGAUGUCGCAUCCAACGCGGGGUCCAACUUCAGUGUGAAAUCGGCGAAGUCGGUCAAGUCGAUCAAGUUUGCUGAUCAGGACGAUGACAAGCCUGCGUGGACUGUUGAGGAGCCAGUCCCCGGUGGAGGCGAGGACUGGUAA